CUGUCUCAUUGUCUGAGUUGUACCCAUCAUGGGAUGUGUCUCAUCCACGCUUUCCAAGGAAGUGGAUACCAAGGCCAAAGCUGUACAUGAUGAGAUAGAAAGCCAGAUUAAAAGGGACAGGGAAAGUCGGAAGAGCGUUGUUCAGAUGUUAUUACUUGGCGCUGGCGAGUCCGGCAAGUCCACGGUCCUUAAGCAAAUCAAGAUACUUCAUCAAGGAGGCUUCAGCGACGAGGAGCGAAUCUCGUUCAAGGAAAUCAUCUUCGCUAACACGAUUCUGUCUGCGAAGGCUAUCCUGCAGGCAAUGCCGACUCUGUUAUUACCACUUCACCCAGAUAAUGAAGGUCAUCGUGAAUACAUAAUGGGGCUUCCUACGAGUAUUAUCUCCCCGACAUUGCCAAAGGAGAUUUAUGAGGCAAUUACGGCGCUCACGAAGGAUCCGGGAUUCCAACAAGCAAUAGUGCGCAACAAUGAAUUCCAGCUUAAUGACUCAGCCCCUUAUUACUUCGAAGAGCUUCCACGAAUGUCUACUCGUGACUACAUGCCGAUAGAUCAAGAUAUUUUACGCUCCAGGGUCAAGACAACUGGGAUUACGGAGAUAUCAUUCUCCAUCGACCCCCUGACGUACAAGGUGUUCGAUGUCGGGGGUCAACGUUCAGAAAGACGGAAAUGGAUUCAUUGCUUCGAGGAUUUAAACGCCGUUGUCUUCAUGGUCGCUCUAAGUGAAUAUGACCAGGUUCUUAGGGAGGAUUCCAAAGUGAGUAGGAUGGCGGAAUCGGUCGCUUUAUUCGAUUCGGUAUGCAACUCCAGAUGGCUCGCCAAUUCUUCAAUGAUCCUAUUCCUCAAUAAAAUUGAUCUCUUGGCGGACAAGAUCGAUUUAAAACCUCUUAAGUUAUACGUCAAGGACUACUCCGGACGAGAAGGGUACGAGGCUGCCUGUGGUUAUUUCCGGAAGCUUUUUGUGUCGCUUAAUCGAUCCCCAAACAAACCACUCUACACACAUUUUACGUGUGCCACCGACACGAAACAGACUAAAUUUGUGUUAGCUGCAAUGCAUGACAUAAUAACGAAAGCCCACUUGGCCAGUGUUGGAUUGCUGUAGCGGGGUUUCAGAUAUUCGAUAUUUCAGUGCGCUGAGUGAGCUUAAUCCCCAAGCUACAUGAUCGACCGCUCCCGCCACCAGGUCGCAACCCUCGAGUGCCGAUAAUCCCUCCGACGCCCCACAUUUCGAUCAGCUAGCUCGUUCCGAUGGACAAUCUCUC